CGCAGUGCGGGGAACGUAGAGACAGAGGAAAUAUCAACAGCAUGUUCGUGGUUACUGUAUCUUUUUUUAGCCGCACUGCGCAUGUGCAGUGGGAACAAUGUGGAAAAUGAGCUGUAGCCUUUUUUCUUUGGGGCAUUUAGGCUGAUUGAUGGUUUAUGUGUGUGUGUGUGUGUGUGAGUGUGUGUGUGUGUGUGUGUGUGUGUGUGAAUGCGCGCGCGCACGCGCGCGCGUGUGUGUGUGUGUGUGUGUGUGUGUGUGUGUGUGAAGUGGCUGAUAUUACAGACAAGGAUUAUUCCGUCCUCUGUAUUUUUUUUAAAGCAAAAUAAUGUCCUCGAAUAAAGUGAAGAAAGUGAAAAUGGCAACUAAAUCGUGUCCGGAAUGUGACCAACAGAUCCCUGUGGCCUGUAAGUCGUGCCCUUGUGGUUAUGUCUUCAUCAGCCGAAAGCUGCUCCGAGAGCCGCCUGCUAUGGACAAAUCGGAUGCGAAGAGAAGACGACCUGAAAGAAUCAGAAGGGAGAAGAUCAACUUAACAUCCACCAACGACAUGGAGAACAGGAGGCGGUCCCGCUCCAACAGCCAAUCAGAUACCAUCCGGAGAGGGCGGGGCCGGCCGAAGACCGUGGGCUUGAAGAAGCAGGAGGAGGAAAAAGAGAAACAGGAACGGGAGGUGGAUAUUUACGCGAACCUGUCGGACGAGAAGGCUUUCGUGUUCUCCGUGGCCUUAGCUGAGAUCAACCGUAAGAUCCUGGGCCAGAGACUGAUCCUGUAAGGGGCGGAGCCUCACAUGAUUGACAGGUGAAAGCUCAGGACUCGUGCUUCGUGGCCCUCCGGGUGACACGUGUAUCCGUUAGGAAGGCGUGAGGUCGGGACUGACGAGCGUUUCGCUCAAGCGGCUGGUCGAUGGCUCACGGAGUCAUGCAAGGACGACGGGACGCUGACAGUGACUCUUAUUUUAAAUAUUGUACACAUGGACAUGUAGGAAUCUUCUCUAUUUAUCUUCAAGCAGAUUUUAUGGAAUGUAUUAUAAAGAAGGAGUGUUUUUUAUUUUUUAUUUUUAUCUAACUUGUGAUUUGUGCACGCAAACACGAUGCUCAAGUUCUCACUCACAUUAAACUUUUUUUUGCAAUUUUUUAAAAGAUCAGAAGGGUUUUUUUUAAUCAUAAUGAAAUAAAAUAUAACAUUUACAGUGUACUAAAGGAAUAUUUAGGCCAAAAAAAACAACAAACAAACAAAAAAAAAUAUAUAUAUAUUUACACAAAAUAGUAUAGCUAAGACUUCUUGAUUGUUUAAGGUGAAAGGAAUGUUAAUAGCUACCAGUUUAGCAUGAAACAUAUAUAUAUAUAAAUAUAUAUAUAUGUAUGUAAUAUAAAAAUUGAGCUGUAUUGUUCCGGUCAACUGUCAAUCGUUAGGCCACGCCCCCUUCUUGUGUGUGAUGGAAGGUGGUCACGCAGUGUGAGAAAACGCAUCAGCAAAUGGUUUAAACAUGCGGUUGCACAACGCUUAACUGGAGGCGUUAUGCUUUCCUUUCACUAAAGAAGCAAAUUUCACACCAAA